ACCAUGUCCUGGGCCGUCUACCUCAUGCCGGACGGAGAUGGCACCGAGAGAUCGCCCUCCACAGCGGCAGUGGCGGCGGAGGAACCCUUUCACUCGACGCCGACACCGCAACCAGAAGGAGCAGAUAAGGAGCAAAGACUGAGUUUUGCACCAACCCAGUCUGAAGUCGACUCGCGACGGCAGCUCGCCGCAUCCAAUGGCUUCUCAGCGGGCUCAGCGGACCACGCCUCUUCAAUGUCGACGGGAGAGGUCGAUCGCGAUGAUGAGGAGGAGGAGGUGGACGAGAAUAUGCGAGUCUACAGUGUACUGGUUCCCAAAAUUGACAACAGUCUUGGCCUCAGCAUUGUGGCAGCUCGGGUGAGUCACACUACUCUGCACUCAGCUAGUGCUGAUACGCCAAAACAUAUUCUGGACUGUAGAGUUGACGAACAGAUACCUUUCACACAGAUACCUACGUUACCCUAG